AUUCAUUUGCAUAGCAUACCUUUUGGAGCCAAGCAUAUAUAACAGCAUGUACAACAACACAUGCUGACACUACACACUGAUUAACGACUGCAAACUUCAAGGCGCAAACUGGCAUAUAGAUGCUCAUACACAGCUAACGCCUAAAGCAACGAGCACAAACGAUUAAUAACAACACAAUGCGCCAACAUUCAACUGCCCGCCUCUUACUGCCCAUCACACUGCUUGUGUUGGCCAAUUUCCGCCUCAGUCUUAGCUGUCCCGCCGAGGUGUGCGCCUGCAAGUGGAAGGGCGGCAAGCAGACAGUGGAAUGCGGCGGUCAGCAGUUGCCCAACAUACCCGAGGGCAUGGACCCAGGCACGCAGGUGCUGAACUUCUCGGGCAACAGUCUGCAGGUGCUGCAGAGUGAACGCUUUCUGCGCAUGGAUUUGCUGAAUCUGCAGAAGAUCUUUUUGUCGCGCAAUCAGCUGAUACGCAUACACGAGAAAGCCUUUCGCGGCUUGACAAAUCUCGUCGAAUUAGAUUUGUCCGAUAACUCACUGCAAAAUGUACCCACCGAGACGUUUCAGGACUACAGUUCGCUGAUGCGUCUCUCGUUGAGCGGCAAUCCCAUACGCGAGUUGAAGACGUCGGCCUUCCGUCAUCUCUCGUUUCUGACAACGCUCGAGUUGAGUAACUGCCAGAUCGAGCGCAUUGAGAAUGAGGCCUUCAUUGGCAUGGACAAUCUGGAGUGGUUGCGUUUGGACGGCAAUCGCAUCGGUUUCAUACAGGGUCAGCACAUACUGCCCAAAUCGUUGCACGGUAUCAGCUUGCAGAGCAAUCGCUGGAUGUGCGACUGCCGUUUGUUGGACCUGCAUAUGUGGCUCAACAACUAUGUGACGCCGCAGGUCGAGGAGCCGAAGUGCGUUGAACCGCCGCGUCUAAAAGGGCAGGCAAUCAAGACACUCAAGAAAGAAGAGCUGGCUUGUCUACCCGAAGUGACACCUUCAUCUACAUACACGGAAAUCUCAGAAGGCCGCAAUAUGUCAAUAAUGUGUGUGGUGCGCGCCAUACCCGAGCCGCAAGUGCUGUGGCUCUUUAAUGGUCAGGUGAUGACUAAUGACAGCCUGCUCGAUAAUCUACAUAUGUACUACUACAUUGAUGAGACGGGCAGCGCGGAGGAGAAGCGCAGCGAGAUUUUCAUUUACAACGUCGGACCGGAGGAUAACGGCACCUUCUCGUGUGUGGGGAAGAACGUGGCGGGCAUAACAUUCAGCAACUACACGUUGCGCGUUAUUAUUAAAGAACCGCCGGUGGUGAACGAGGUGUCCUUUCCGCGCGACUACAUGAACUACAUAAUCGCCAGCAGCACGGGCGCCGGCGUUAUAUUUGUUGUGCUACUCUGCACGAUAGUGAUUAAAUGUAAACAGCGACAGCCGAAUAAGCGCAAGAAGUGUGCAAAUGGCGGCUCAAUGACCAAUGUGGUUGGUGGCGGCGCCCACGGCGUGGAUGGCAGCGGCAACGAAACGGGCUUGAUGAAAUGCUCGUCCAUACUGAACGAUGGCGACUCACUGAACGGCGGUGCUGGGCUGCUGAUGGCCGAGGGCAUGACCCCGACUAAACUGUGUAAAGAGAAUGGCGGCGUCAUUAUGGGCGGUCAAAUGAAACAGAAUUUACUGCUAUACGCGCCGGCGCACUAUCAGCAGCAAACACCCAACACGGCGGCGGUGAUUGGUGAUGGCAGCCAAACGCUGCAGUUGAGCGUCAGCAUGGCCAGUGCGAGCGGUACACCGCCACCGAUGCUAGUUGGCAAUGCCGUCAGCUACUGUUCACCACCCUCUUCGGUGCGCAAUUACCCGGAGAAAAAUCCCGAUUUAGUUAAUGACGCCGAGAGCGUUAAUCAUGGCAAACUGAAAACAGCGGCGUCGCUCGAUGCGGACUACGAUGCGGCCAGCGAUUGUUCGGGACCGUGCAGCAUACAGGGUAUGUCGACGACGCCGGUGCAAUUCGACAACUGCUACCAGCUGGCGCCACAGUACGGCUCACAGAUUAUACGGCCGGCAAACAUGCAGAUUAAUUCUGCAGCAGCAUCGCGCUUCGCCGCCAUGACAACACUGCCGCGCGGCAUGCAAUUGAAAACCGUAAUGAACAGUUUGAGCGCCGCUCCGGCGCCACAACACCAAGUGGACGUACAUUUGAAUCCGGUGUGCUUCUUGGGCCAGGACGGCUUUGCUUAUGACUACAGUAACGCGCACUUGCAACAGUCGGCGCCUACACCCCCUUCGCAUCACCACCUACAGCUGCAGCCGCAACACUCGCUGGGCGCCGAUCCCUCACAGACGCAACACAUGCAACAGCAAAACUUUUACCGUACGCUGCCACACAACCGAGCACACAAGCAGCAGCAAUUUGCCGCAUCCGCCGCGAAUCCGGGCAUGCGUUACAGCCUCGAGGCGGAGUUCUUACAGCGGUCCGGCACACCAACCUACGAGAAGUAUAUGCCCAAUGUGCGCUUCACCGCCGAGGGCUAUCCACAGACACAACAGCAGCACAUAGUGCAGUACCCUUCGCCGCCAGAGGGCUACAAGAGCAGCCAGAGUCCCGCGCCCAGUCUUCAUGACGGCAGUGCGGUUGGUGGCGCGGGCGGUGUCGCUUCAACAAUUUCAAAUGCCGCAUUUCAACAGUGGCCACCUUGUUUGCCCGGCUAUCAUGUGCAGGCCAUACGCUAUCCACCAACUAUUGUCGGCGUAUUAAGCCCACAAGCGCAUAUGCAACAGCAACAACAACAACAGCAACAGCAACAACAACAUCAGCAACAGCAACAUCAGCAGCAACAUUUGCUGCAACAGCAACACCAACAGAAGUCGACGUCAACGGUUGUGCUAACACCAAAUGGUCCGACAAAUCAAACACAAGUGCCCACAACAACAACAGCGGUCACCGCUAUGACCACGGCGAGCACCAGCACGGGCGUGUCGACGUCCACAUCAGCUGCUAAGCGCUGUGCCGCCGCACAGGCCGACGCCUCCACCAUACCCGAGUGCGAUGAGAAUGACGUUUCGCCCACCACAUCGACAGCUGCCAGCAGCAGUAAUGACGGCAGCAGCAGCAGCGCCACCACAGUAACCAUAUCUGCCAGCAACACGACGGCAACAACGGCGGCAACAGCGACUGCCAGCGAAGAAUCCUCAAAAUUGCGGCAUUUAAAUGGACCCUUGGCGGACAGUCCAGACGAAGGUUAUGUGGGCGACUCUCAUGAAGGCUCCGAUAUUUGACGACGCGGUGCCAACGGCAGCUGCGCGAACGCACACGGUAAGGCGGGCGGCAGUGGUUGCGGUGCGGUCAAAAUGACCGACGAUUCAGUGGCAUUGUAGAGUGGUUAAUUCAAUGAUCAGUGAUGCUGCGUAGAUAGCAUUCAGACUCAGCUGCUCAAAUGAGUGCGUAUGCAUACACACAUACAUGCUGCCUUCAGAUUCAUACAAAAUUAGGCGGUAAUUUAUGGUUUGACUUGAAGACACUUACAAAUGUUCGCUUAAAAUUUAAGAGAACCGUCUCUAUUCAAUAAAAACUGUUUUGCGUUCCCACCUGUUCUACAAUCCUCUCAAAAUACUCAACCACCAUCCAGCUUUUUCAACUCCUUUCCGCCAUCUUCGGUGUAAAACUGUUGUAAUAACGAAAAUAGCGUCAAAUUAUUCCUUGCUAAAGUUUUCAUUUCUGUUCCUCCACCACUCCACUGUCCCAUUUUUUCAAUAAUAAAUUGGAAUUCUUAUAUUUUUUUCAUUUUCCAGCCGUCACUCUUACUCAUCUCCUUCUCCUUGCGCAUCGUUCUUCGUGACCAGUCAAGCGUUAAAUUAAACGACAGCUUAAUAUUUUUUUCCAUUUCGAUACCUGUCGCAAGUUUUCGUUGCGUCCGUAUGCUGCUUGUCUUCGCAACGAGCGCGCUCGGACGUUUCCACUAGCAAUAAAAGCUUUUAUUGAUUUCAAUUAACAUUUACUACAUUCAGCCACACCACCACAAAUGUUUGCAGUUACAGCAGAAUUAAAGUAGUCGGGAAAUAAUUUGUUUAGACAAUUUUCAAAUAUCUUCUAAAAAAUUUUAAAACAUCUGGCAACUCCAAAUGUUAAGUAUUUGUUUUUAAUAAAUCCGUAAUUUUUAAAAGUACCUUUAUACACAAUCACAUAAAUGUGUUAUACUAAAUUUAUUACGUAUUUCGAAUGUUUUUUAAUCGAAACUGGGUGGCAACCUUGUCAAAUAAUUAUUUUUUAUAAAUCUCAAAAUUUUUAAACC